GUUUAAGUGAAGAAUCUGUUUAUUCUGGAGUUAAUUAUAUUUGGUUAUUGGAAUUUGUUGAAUUUUGAGACGUUGGAUUGGAUAAUUUCUUAACUAUCAAAUGAUAAAAGGAGAGGGGAAUCGUGAGAUAUCUUCUGAAGUUGCCUCACCGGAUAAAUCCGAUGAGUUUCUGCCUUGGCAAGGUGACAAAUCCUACAGUGGCGAUGGGUCACCAGUCUCAUCACAGUACUCGUCCUGUGGAGAAUCGGAGUUCGAUAGAUAUUGUAGUGCAACAUCAGUUAUGGGGACACCGAGUUUGUGUAGUUCAGUAGGAACAUUUCAGGAGUGUGUGGAUGCCGAGCUUGGGUCUUUGAAGAAUUUCAGGCUUGAAAAUGAUGGUGGUUCAGAGAAUUUCACUUUGGGAGAGAGAUUCAAUAGACACUCUGAAUAUAAGAAAGUAUUGGGUUUUUCUCAGAGAAUUGAAUGUUGUGAUGGAAAGAGCGAUGCAGAGCUGAAAAAUAAAGUAGAAUCGGGACAAAGAGUGGUGGAAAUGAAGAAUGGGCUAAAUUCGUAUGAUAAUGUGGAAAAUUCUUCAUCACAUGAGUUCGAUAGUCAUAGUACUGAUAAUGGUAAUUUGAUGCCUUCCAAGGCUGAGACUCUAUCGGAUUUAAAUAUUGAAUUGGACGAGGAGCUUUUUGGUGAAGAUGAUUUUGGCAGUGUUGUGCCGUGGAGAGACGGCAAGGAGUUGGGGUCUGCACGAAGUUCUCAAAAUGAUCAUUAUGGAGAUGAUGCAAGUGCAGAAGCCAUCGAGGGAAUUAUGUUGAAUUUAGGACCUGCUGACAGCUUCCAUUCCUCUGCAAUUGCCAAAGAAAGUUCUCAGUCUUACGUAGGUAUUGAACAAGUGGACAGUUGCAUAGAGGGGUCAAAAAUGCAGUCUGAUUUGGGAUCUUAUAGAAAUGAGGCUGGAAGAGGUUCGGAUGAAGGUGAAAGUUCAUCCAGAUAUGAACAUUCAGAUGAUGAAGAUUCGAUGUUUGGCACAGAUGAUGAAAAGAAAAUUGAUUUGUAUUACGGGAAAAACAUAACACGCCAUCAGGAAUCAAAUCGUAAGAAUGAAAAUUUAUUGCUUAUGACUUCAUCCAUAGCAUUUGGUUCAGAUGAUUGGGAUGAUUUUAUGCAAGAAACAGAGGAAAAUGCUAUGGCUUCUAUGGUUCCUGAGGGACAUAAGGGACAGAAACCACAUAGUGCUGCAAUUGAAUUAGAUAAUAUGAAUCCCACUACGACAGAUACUGUUGAGUUUUCAAGUAUUGCUUUGCCAGAGCAACAAGCAGGUAUGAGAGAAAUUUCUGUGGCUCAAGUCCAAGGUAAUGAUAAUAUAGUGGAAUUUGGUGACGUAGAGCAAGGAGAAGUUGCAAAAGAUGAGCUUGUUGAGAGCAAUCUGCUAGGUGUUACUAAAUCAGCAGAUUACCUUGAAACCUCUUCAGUUAGCGUCAAUACAUUGGAAAAAGAGCACGAUCUACUAACAGAAGCCCCAUUGAAAGAGGAAUUGAACAUCAGGGAUGGUGGAUUGAAAAGCGACCAUCAAUAUACAAGCACUGAGGAUGUGACUGGCAUGGAUGAUGGUCAUGUUUCAGAAAGUAUUGAGCUGGAGAAAAUAAAACUGCAGUUGGACCCACUUUCUGAUGUUACAUUCUACCAACAUUGUUCAGCUUCACAGGUUGACGCUGAAGAUAGACGAGGCGAAUCCUUUGGAGAAAAUAAAUCUAGUUCAACACCGCCACUUAUUGAAAACAGUGAAAAGAUAGUAAUGGAGGAUUCUCAUGUUUCACCCAAGCUAUCUGAAGACCAUCUUACAUCAGUCAAGACUGAGAAUCUUGAGUCAAAUGAAUUCUUCAAUGAUUUUGUGCACGAAAUGGAAGAAAUAUUACUUGAUUCUGGCAACACUCCUUGGGCUAGGUUCACCCAGGGUAGUAGGACGUAUCCACCCCUGAUGACCCGGCCAUUACGAGAUGGUGGAUCUACUGCUUCCACUUCUGCUAUGGAUGAUACUCACUUGGUGAUCCACCACCCUGUGAGAAUUGAUGGGGUCGAAGUAGUAGGUGCAAGGCAGAAGAGGGGAGAUGUUUCACUUAGCGAAAGACUGGUCGGAGUGAAGGAAUACACUGUUUAUAGGAUAAGAGUGUGGAGCGGUGAGAAUCAUUGGGAGGUUGAACGGAGAUACCGUGAUUUCUGUACUCUCUAUCGUUGUUUGAACAAAUUAUUUGUCGAUCAAGGCUGCACUCUACCUUCUCCAUGGUCUUUCGUUGAACGAGAAUCAAGAAAGAUUUUUGGGAAUGCUUCUCCUGAUGUAAUUGCAGAGAGAAGUGUUCUUAUUCAGGAGUGUUUAGGAUCCAUUUUGCACUCUAAGUUUUCGUCCAGUCUCCCCAAUGCUCUCAUUUGGUUCUUGUCCCCACCAAAAGAGGUUCCUAGUUCUCCUACAUCUGAUACACACAUGCCUCAGUCACCAUAUUCUACCAGAAGCACAGAUACUGAGGAUGUUUCAACCUUGGGGAAGACUAUAUCCCUUGUCAUUCAAACACGGCCCUACAAAUCUACAAAACAGAUGCUAGACGCCCAGCAUUAUACUUGUGCGGGAUGCCACAAACAUUUUGAUGAUGCAAAAUCUCUGAUGCGGGAAGUUGUAUGGACUCUUGGGUGGGGCAAGCCUCGUCUUUGUGAAUACAGUGGUCAGCUGUUCUGUCCUUCAUGUCAUUCAAAUGAAACUGCUGUCUUGCCAGCCAGAGUUCUCCAUUAUUGGGAUUUUACUCAAUAUCCUGUAUCUCAAUUGGCUAAAUCAUAUCUUGAUUCAAUUCAUGACCAGGUAAUGACUCCACCAUAUUUUGGUGGGUGGGGAUUUUUUUUUUUUUGA